AGUGAUUGAUAACACUGCAUCACAUAUUUGAGAUUCUUGGUGAAGUGGAAUAGAAUGCCAACAUGCAAAACAACUCACAGGAAUGACUGUUGGAUAACAAGAUCGGCAAGAGAAGCCGACCCUGAAGACAAGGUAAACAAUUCUCCUAAUUUAAGAUUUCUACAAGCUGUUAUUCUGAUAUUUGUUUUCUUCUUAGGUGAAGUAAUUAUCAUGUAAUUAGUGUUCUUGAAGUUAAUGGACAGUAUAUUUGCUGCACAGAAUUUUAAGACCUUUCCAAGUUCUUCAUUGUUAACUGAUUGUAAUUGUUCUGGGUCUUUUGAAGAAUAAAACAUAUUUGUAUCGUCUGCAAAAAUCGUAAAAGUUAAUUUCUUCGAAGACCCGGGCAAAUCGUUAAUAUACAAUAGAAACAGCAGUGGAGCCUUGAGGUACACCACAUGUGAUGGUUUUCAGGGUAGACUCUGUAUUACCAACUUUGACAUAUUGCUUACGAUUACUGCGCAUUUCACAAACAUGCAGAUUGUGAAGUUCAAAAACCAACUGACAAUUGCUUUUGUCGCUGCCGUCAAUCAUCUUAACGGACCUCUUAGGAAAGAAAACUUUACUUUAACGGGUUCAAAAGGUCAAGGUUUGUGAUUUGUGAUUGGUGGAUUUCGAUCCGUUUUAAGUGUUUCUGUGUUUCAAGGUUCGUUGCUUGUGAUCGUAAUUAUGAUUGACGGCAGCGAGAAACGCAAUUGUGAAGGCGACCCAUUAAUUUUAGAGUUCGCGUGUUUGUGAAAAGCACAGUAAGGGUAACAAUAGAAAGCUACAACACGUGGUUUGCCAGCAUUUUUCUUGUUUACGUACUUAGCGACCAUUCAAUAAUCUCGAGAAAGUGCACCCCGGGAUGGCGGGGUUGUAAGAUUGCAUGUAAAGGAGGGUUAUUUUUUUACCCCACCUAAGCGGGUUACCUCACCUACCUGGGGUCCCCCACCUCCAUGUAAACAGGCCCUUAGUUUCUGUAAUUCCAAGUAUAUCCAGCUUGGAGUCAAGGGAGCGUAAUAGUUCUUCUAAUAGAUUUGGGUUUUUUUUAUAAACUUCUACAUUGUAAUAUUACAGUGAAGAAUUGAAAAAGAUUUUGCGUCUGAAUUUACAAGCAUUUUAUUAAAGCUACGGACUGAAUAAUAUUCUGAGCAGGGGGUAUUUAGCAUUAAAUCUGGUUUCUCGUUUCAGCAACAAACUGCAGAAUGGGUGAAAGCUUUCCCUGACACCAACAUCCCCUGUUCGAAUGACUUCUCGGUGACCGGAGACUUCGGGAGACCCUGUGAAGAUAAGGGACUGGAACAAGCUGGGCUACCGACUGACAGUUUCUCUAUUCAGAAUGGCAUCGUUAUCAGGUAAUUAUUAAAACCUGAAUCAUUGGAUAAUGUAAUUCUAGAGCUCAGAUUGGCUUAGCCAUUAUGGUAUACCGUAAAAUUCCGAAAAUAAGACCCUCCAACUAUAGGACCCCCAAACCGGUAACGCAAAAAACCCUCCGUUAAAUCGCCCCUCCAAAUAUAAGCCCCCAAGGGGGUUGUACUUGAAAAAUUGCCCUCAAAUACAAAGUAAAGCAAAGCAAAAACAGUAAAUUUACUUCCAACCAUAAGGCUAGCCCAAUCGAUUUUGAAACGCAAAUAUCCCUCCAUAGAUAAGCCCCUCCGAAUAUAAGCCCCUCAAAAAGGGCCUUUGAAAAAUAUAAGCCCCGGGGCUUAUUUUCGGAAUUUUACGGUAUGAGCCAUUAUACUAUGCUCUCCAAAAAUGGUAACCGCAUGCGUCUGCUCAAAAUUAAAAACAAACUGAUAAUCGGUUGUUUUUACCAAUAAAGUCGGGACGAAUUCUUGAUAUUUUGUGGGCGUUUUUAGUAAAGCAAUUAUUCCACUCGCGCUUGUUUGGAUAUGAAAUGAUUACAGCCAACGCGCACUCGUGGAAUAAUUGUUAAUUAGAGAUGUCCGGUCAGAGCGAAUCGCCGGUAUAUAGGUUUCGUCCUUACUGUUUUAAUGUGUCGUGCUGCAUGUUUUUGCGUUACAGGAAUGCAACUACAGAGGCCGUGUAACGUGAUGGACGAACCCUGUUAACAAUCCAGGAUAAGUUCUACUGCCCGGCCAUCAUAGACAAUAAAGACUACAAGUUUUCGCCAAGCGGCAGCUACUUUGCUCCUAAAGAAGGCG